UAUUUAAUCGAUUUUGCCAUCACAACUUUUGACUCUCAGAUGAAAACAAAAUAUGUGAGUUGUGUGUAUUUAUGAUAAGACAUCUGUCGGAGACAGCAAAUAUUUGGACUAUAAUCACUUGACUUUGUUGUGAAAUACAUAAUUAAUUUUUCCUGGUGAUCUGGUGCAGUUAUUGAAUUACCGUGAAAUGUGCUCGAAUGUGUAUUUGAAUAAAGGAAAUUAUGUUUUAAUAAUAAUUUUAGCUGUGCGGACACCCACUUUUAUUAACUAAAGCUAAAUUAACUGUUUUACGUAUUACAUCUAUAUAAUAGUUACAACAUGAAAUGUGUUUGUGAAAAGAUUUUUUCCGCAAUGUGAAGUUCGUGUGAAGUGUUAUAUUAAAAUUUGGUCGUAAUUUACAUAGUUGUGUAAAUUUGUCAAGAGAAUAGUUUCAAAUGUUAAAAUCGUCAGUUUCUGAAGUCUGCAAGUAUGGCAGAACACCAAGACGACAUUAAUUUAACGAAUCAAGAACUUCAAGUACUCUCUGAACUUGACAGUCGGCAAUUUGGAUUUUUAAAACUCAACAAGCCAGAACAGACCAAAAAGAAAGAAUUGGUUUUAAAGGCUGUGAAGUACUUGGAGCAAAUACUGGUGCAAGCUCACAAGGAAAAGGAACAGCACACGCAGAUAGGGAAAGGCAAGCAGCAACAGCAGCAGGGCGACUCCAGCAGUGACGACGAUAUUGAAAUGGUUGACAUUACUGACUCUGGUGACACACUCGAGUCUGAAUGGCACAAAAAGGAGAUCAAUAUUGACCCAAAAACUUACUGCAAACUGGGCCACUUUCACCUACUUCUGGAAAAUUUUCCCAAAGCUAUGUCUGCAUAUCAGAAGUUCUUCAGCCUGAAACCAGACUACUGGAAGGAUGCCAACUUUCUUUAUGGCCAGGGACUGGUGUACUUUCACUUCAAUGCAUUUCAGUGGGCAGUGAAAGCCUUUCGACAGGUUCUGUACGUAGACCCAGGUUUCUCCAGAGCCAAUGAAGUUCACCUAAGACUGGGAUUGAUAUUCAAAGUCAACAGUGACUGGGAGUCUGCUUUAAAACACUUUCAGCUUGCUCUUAUCGACUCUAGUCCCUCUACAUUUACCAGGCUAGAAAUACGCUUCCAUAUAGCCCACUUGUAUGAAGUCCAAGGAAAAUACAAGAGUGCGAAAGAGAACUAUGAACUGCUACUCAGAGAGAAGGAAUUACCAACUCAUCUGAAGGCUGACAUAUGCCGCCAGCUGGGGUGGAUGUACCAUUGCGUGCCGACCUUUGGGGAAAAAAGCCAGAGGGAAGCAGCGGCUAUCCACUGCUUACAGAAGUCUAUUGAAGCAGACUCCAAGUCAGGACAGUCACUGUAUCUUUUGGGUCGUUGCUUUGCCAGUAUUGGCAAAGUUCAUGAUGCUUUCAUUGCGUACCGAAACUCGGUCGAAAAGUCUGAAGGCAAUGCAGAUACAUGGUGCUCAAUAGGGGUUUUGUAUCAGCAGCAGAACCAGCCUAUGGAUGCUCUACAGGCCUACAUUUGUGCUGUUCAGUUAGACAAGACUCAUACAGCAGCUUGGACCAAUCUUGGUAUUUUAUAUGAGAGUUGCAAUCAGCCUCGAGAUGCAUAUGCUUGCUACAUAAAUGCAACUCGAGGGUUGGGAUCAGCAGGAGGUGGCCCUGUGAGUCCAAACAACAACACUUGUGGCAGCAGUUUAACAGUGUUGUCAAGUGGACAGCAGUUCCGGCUGCCUGGAGGGAUGCAUCCUAAUCUGGGGCAGCGUAUUAAGUACUUGCAGAGUCAUCUCGCUAGUGCUCCCAUGCCUAGUGUGAACAGCAAGCGUCGGCAGUUGCCUUCAAUUGAAGAAGCAUGGAACCUGCCAAUUAAUGCAGAAAUGUCUUCCCGGCAGCAGCAGCAACCUGGAGCUGCAAUUAUUCAACAGAAGACUGGUGCUUCUCCUGUUUACCCUAACACUUACAUGCAGAGUGGACAGUUCCAACAAUAUCAGAAAAGUCUGAAUUGCCAUCAGAUACCCCAGGGACCACCUCCUCCCUACACCAUGCAGAAUACUACACCCACCAAGAGGUUCAAGAUUGGAAGCAGCAUACCACAUCAGGUGUUGCCUGUAAACGUGACAUCAGGAGAUAGUCUGAGCAAUUACCAUCAGCAUCCUUCUCAUCAGCAUCAACCUCAGCAUCAACCUCAGCAUGCACCUCAUCCUGCACCUCAGCAUGCCCCUCAACAACUGCCUCAGCCCCAAGUAUCUAGUUUUCAGCACAUGCCAGCAUUCCAACCUCCAUCGCCAGGCUGCAAGGACUUGACCAUGAGUGAGCAAGACCUGCAGGCACUGUUGUCACACAAAGACAUUGCGACGUGUUUAGCAGAGGACCUAUUGAAACAUUUCUCCUCUGGAACAGGAGAUGAUACUAGCCAGUCACAGAUUGUUGGAAAUUCAUUGCUCAGUUCUGGACCAUUCUCCCCUUCCAUUUUAGAAAACUUACCUCCUGAAAGCAAGACUCCCUCUAGUGCUGAAGUGCAAAUUUUAUCUCCAGAAAAAGAAAAGAUCUGUGAAGGGAAUUUUGAGAGUACAGAUGUUGAAGUGGAAAUAAUUUCUUCAACCAUUUCAUGCAUAAAAACAUCAGCAAAGGAAGAACCUUGUGUAAAGAUACCACCACAAUUGCCACCACCAGUAUUAGAACUGCCAGAAUUGUGUGAUGAAAUGCAGUCUGAUAUGGUUUUCAGUAUUGACAUGAAAGCCAAGGAAAUAAUAGAAGUAUGUCGGGGUCAUGGAGUGAAUGGCGUUUCAAACUGCAGUAUUCUUUCGGAAAGAGCACCACCACCUCAACCGCCUGAACCACCUCAGCAAAAACUGACUCGUGAACAGUUAUUGCCUCCAACACCUUCCGUCUAUUUGGAAAACAAGAAGGAUGCAUUUAGUCCACAACUUCAAGAAUUCUGUCUCAAACAUCCUAUAGCAGUUGUUAGGGGGCUGGCUGCUGCUCUAAAACUAGACCUUGGUCUUUUUUCUACAAAGACUCUAGUUGAAGCAAAUCCAGAUCACAGUGUGGAAGUUCGGACACAAAUGCAACAGACCUCGGAUGAAAAUUGGGAUCCUCAGCAAGGUCGUAAAGUGUGGGCAUGCAUCAGCCACCGUUCUCAUACAACAAUUGCAAAGUAUGCCCAAUAUCAGGCUUCAUCUUUUCAAGAGAGCUUAAAGGAUGAACGAGAGAAAGCUGCUGGUAUUCACAGCAGUAACCAGUCAGAUUCAGAUUCUAAAGAUUCCACGGGAAAUAUAGUACGGCGUAAGAAUAAAGCCCCUUGUACUCCUGGAAGCUCAAUUGGCGGUAGCUGUGGUAAACCUGGUCCUAAGAUGCUUAGAUUUGGUACCAAUGUAGAUCUUUCAGAUGAAAGGAAAUGGAGACCACAGUUACAAGAACUAAUGAAGCUGCCAGCGUUUGCAAGAGUUGUAUCUGCAGGCAACAUGUUGUCUCAUGUUGGACAUGUUAUUCUUGGAAUGAAUACUGUCCAACUUUACAUGAAGGUGCCAGGCAGUCGAACUCCAGGUCAUCAAGAAAACAAUAAUUUUUGUUCCAUCAAUAUCAAUAUAGGACCUGGAGAUUGUGAGUGGUUUGCCGUUCCCGAUGCUUAUUGGGGUGUUGUAUACAGCCUGUGUGAAAGGAACAAUAUAAAUUAUCUUCAUGGUUCUUGGUGGCCUUCCCUAGAAGACUUGUAUGAAGAAAAUAUUCCUGUGUAUAGAUUUUUGCAAAGACCCGGGGACUUAGUAUGGGUCAAUGCAGGGUGUGUUCAUUGGGUGCAAGCAGUUGGCUGGUGCAACAACAUAGCCUGGAAUGUGGGACCUCUCACAAGCCGUCAGUACCAGCUGGCUAUUGAACGAUACGAGUGGAAUAAAUUACAGAGUUUCAAGAGUAUUGUGCCAAUGGUACAUUUGUCAUGGAACCUGGCACGAAAUAUUAAAGUUUCAGAUAAAAGACUGUUUGAGCUUAUUAAGAGCUGUUUACUACAUACCCUCCGUCAGUGUUGUCUCAUCUUGGAGUUUGUCAAAUCCAAAGGUGUUGAAGUUCGUUUUCAUGGCCGAGGAAAGAAUGAGGCAUCCCAUUAUUGUGGUCAAUGUGAGAUUGAAGUGUUCAAUAUUCUUUUUAUUCGAGAACAAGAAAAGAGGCAUGUAGUUCACUGUAUGGACUGUGCAAGAAAACAGGCGCCUACAUUGGAAGGUUUCGUCUGUCUGGAGGAAUAUCGUAUGUCUGAACUAAACGAAGUGUUCGACAACUUUGUGCUUCAUCCUGUGCAAAGUUCAUCAGGCCAGGUGGGUCAAGGACAAUUGUGAUAAAUCCUGAUGCUCGCUUUCUUCAUUCAUGAACUGAAGAAUACAGGAGGAGAUUCAACUACAAACACUGCCAUCCAUGUACCAACAUGUGUUCUGACAAAACUAAGGCCGUUGCAAAGACUGUUGUAGAUAGAGAAUUUUUUUCUUUGUGAGGGCAUAUCUUUAUAAGAUUGUAUAAAUCUGUUUGAACAUAAGUUAUGUGAUCUCAGUAGAAACCAAUUUAGCCAUGGCUCCAAAGUUAUAUAUUAGUUAAGAAUCUAGCCAUAAAUUGCAAAAGACUAUAAUCUUGUAUAUGCACUUUGUACACAUUUGAGUAUUAAUUAAUUUGGGGAAAAAAACACCAGAAUUAUAUGUAUAUACAUGGUUUUUACACAGAAUCAGGAUGUUGACAUGUGUGCAUUAUUUUAUACACGUGCCCAGAGUAUUUUUAAAUACAAAAUAAUAGUGACAUAGUCUUUUUCUGUAAUGCAAUUCCUUAUUGACAUGUUCUAGAAAUGAAAUAGAUACAGGUGCUGUAUGUAAUGAACAUCAGUAAGACUUGUGCUGAUAAACAUGGUGCAAAAAAAUAUUUCAUGAAGUAUGCUGCUCAUACUAGUCUAAUUUACUUUCUUUGAAAUUGAUUUGAAAUAAAUACUAAUUCAACAUGAUUGUGCAAUAUCAUGGUAAACUGGUGAUAAUGCCCUGUAAUCAUGUAGAGCACAUUUGUUAAUGCAAGAAUAAUCAUUGUAGGUAUAAAAAAUGCAUUCAUUUUACUAUGAUUUGUUUUGCUAUUACAGAGAAAUAUCUUUAUGUAUAUAAGUGUUUUUCUGUUUUGUCUGUGCCAUUUUGUGAGGUUACUGCUGUUUUUUUCAGCAGUCAUAAAAUAAUGUUUUGUAUUUAUGUGUUCAUGAUCAUGUGGACAUAUAUAAUUAAGUCACUGUAUAUAAAUAUAAUGUAUAUAAUAUUUAAAAAUGUAUAUAAAAUGUGCAGAAUAUUUAUAGUGGGCAUUAAAGAUGAAAGUAGUUUUUAUUAUCAGCAGCAUUCAUGUAAGUACGGUUCAUUCGUACAUUGAAACAUUUUUAUUUUACUUGUUGACAAUUAUUACUGCUAGUUGCAGUUAAGCAUAAUUACUAUUUAUACUUUUAAUCAAAUUAAAUCUAUACAUUAUCUUUUGCAGUAGUUCCCAAAGCAUAAUGGUGUGUGAAUGUGUGUAUUAAUGCUGUGCAAUAGGAAGAGAUCAGGUGAAGUUAUUUCUGAUUAGAUUGAUACAACAUAGGAAUUCACUUAAUAUUUUUUUUUCAAAGUAAAUUAAACUGGCUCCAUUGAUUUAAAUACAACUCAUUAAUUUUUUAUUUACUUGUAUUUUUAUAAGUAUGAAAGUUCUUAUGUGAUAUAUAUAUAUAUAUAUAUAUAUUUUUUUGCAAGAGAAAAGGUAAGUAUGCCUGGUUAUUAAGUUUAACUUUUUUACUCUAUUUGAAUUAGGUAAUGGUUUGUGGUGAAGAUAUCUAUAGAACUAAGAGUAAUGGAUAGCUCAAAACCACAAAUUUUCUUAAAUAAACAAUAACAUGUACAAGACUUUAGUGGAAGUGAAGCAUGCUAAAAACUAGAACAUAAGUUUUGCUAAAGUUAGGCACCAACAAAUUUAAUAUUUAUCAUUGACUUUUUUUCUGAUUUAUGCUGUUUGAUUCAGCGAGACUAUUAUUUAGUGUCCAAAACUGUUUGCUAAUUGUUUAGCUAUAUUUUAAAUUAUGUAGCAGAAGUCUUCUCAGAUAUAGUAGAAAAAUAAUUAUUUUGCACCAUUGUGUAAUCUGUCUAUUUUUUGUUUUGUGUUAAAUGCUUAUACUUUCACCUGUUCACAGAUGUCUAAAAUAUGGUACUUCACUAGUUGUACAUUAACAGUAGUGGCCUUGAAUAGGAGUCAACAUUACUGAACAUUGGUUAUGUAAAAUAAUUGCAUUAUAAGUUGAACAAAAAUGUAUAAUAUAUUGAUGCCUGUUAGCAAAACUUAACUCUUACAGUUAAUAGAAACCACUCACAGCCAUUUUUAAUUCCUAAGUGGGAUAUUUAUCGUUAAAAGUCAGUUUUAUAAUAUAUAACUGCAGAAUAUCAAACUAUUUGAAAAUAAACUGCAGUUCUAGUAUUUUUUUUUUUUUUUUUUUUUCAAAUUCCUCACCUUAUUUCCAUGUCUUCAGUAAUUUAAAAUGGCAAAUUUUUCUUUGAAAGUCAGUUUUGUAAUUUAAUAUAUAACUGCAAAAUAAAAACCAGUGUUAUAAAAUAAACUGCAAUUCUGGGUAUAAUAUUUUGUGUUUUUUUGAGUUCCCUAUCCUAUUACCAAGCAUUUGACAGUUUAAAGACUAGGAAAUUGUGCAGGGUUUAAAUGUUCCUGACUGAGUUAUUUCACUUCAGUAAAACUCUGUUGUUAUGACCCGAUUUUUUACAAUCAUCUCUCUGUCAUAACCUCUUUUUGAGGAACUGUAAAAAAAAUUGUGUUAGGAAGUCAAAAGUUUAAAGUAAAUCUGCCAAAAAUUUGAAUUGAAGCAUGUUGCACUGCAUUUCUCUAGGCGAGUGCUGUACUGUACAUGGCGCAUUAGACACCAUCUCCCCUUGUCGGAUCAUCUUCACUUUCCUACCUGAGAUAAUGGUUCCGGUUCCAUGGCGCCAGCCAGCAGCCCAGCGCCUAUCAGCAAACCAUUGCUAUAUUACUUGCUCUCUCUGCUUUUGGUAAUACUAGAAAGCUUGAGAAAUUCAUGAUCGUGACAACUCUAAAAAUAACGUGAUUUGUUAUGCUUUGAAGUUGAAAUGUUAUUUUCUAAUUUUUUCAUCUUUUGCAUGAAUUCCUACAGAAAUGGGCUCUCAUUUUAUGACUUUAUCGUCAAGUAUCUCAAAACGGUGCAGUAAAGAAAAAAUGUACCUAUAGAAUAAAACUUGUUGCAAAUUUAAUUAUGAACAAAAAGUUGUCUACUAAAUUUUUAGUAUAUCUAAUCAUUUUAAUUUUAUUGGCAAAUCUCCAUAUGCUCGGCUGCACGUCCGUUUUGUACUUCCUCCACUGAAACUCCAAGCCCUUCUGAGCUGUCAACUGUCAACCACGUGACGAACCUAGUUGAAAUACUACACACUCUGCCGCUAAACUACAUACAUAAGCUACUUUUGGCUGCAUCCUGAACCACUGGUGUGGCAGAUGAGACAGGAUAACACUUUGGAAUUUGGAAAAGGGGGGAGUGGUUUGGAAGUGGUCUUCAUUCUCACGUCAGAUGACCACCACUAUGCCAGCACGAUAAUAAAGCGAUGUCACAGGGAGGGCUUAACCUUAAUGGCCUCUCUGACAUAUAUAGUUAGGCACAAGUCUAAUAAACUUAUUUUAUUUAAAAUUACUUUUAUUUCCCUCAUGAAAUCACUGCUAAAUUUACUUAGUUUGUUAAAAGAUUCUCUUGGCCACAAUUUUGCCUGUGUUUAUGCUUGUUUUGGUGACAUUAGGUGGUAGAAUAUGCUGUCCUUGGUUUUUUUUUUUGUCUGAACAUGAAUGCUAUUAAAAUAAAUUAUAUUUAAUUUUUAAAGCUGGUCAAUUUCUUGCCACAGAUGACUAAACACUGACUUGGUGCAAAAAAUGGCAUAUUUUACUUGCAUGAAUGCUGUCUCUAAGAAUUUUAACUUAAUGAAUAAGAACACCCCUUUUGUUGCAACUGCCUAGGAAGCAUCAUUUUGGCAUACACUGCAUGCUAAACUACAGUACCUGGUACAUAGGCAAUCUGAAUUACAAAACUGAUUUUCAAGCUUGAAUAUAGCCCUUAUGAAUUAAGAAAUACUGUGAAUGGCUCCAGUUCCCAUAAGGAAUCCUCAUGAAAAAUAUUUUGGAUGAGUGUCUGAACAACCUCUGUGUAUGAGUUUGCUCGUUUAUGUGUGGGUGUGUAUAUACCUAUGCAUAGUUAGUUAGUGGCUAGAAGUUCUGGCUGUUAGCCAAAAGUCUCAUUCGCUUUAGGGUAAUUUCCUUCCCAAGUUCAGGACUAGGUGGUAUGUUGUCCGUUCACCUUAACACUGUGGAAGACAAUGGCAAGGCAAUGGCAGACCACUGGUGAAUAUGCUUAUUAUGUAUGCUCUGGUCAUCACUACUGAUGUGUUUGUGUAUAUAUGUAUAUAUAUAUAAUAUAUCUGUGUAUAUAUAUAUAUAUUUACACACACAGUUACAUAACCAGUUAUUUUUAAUUGUAGACAUUGUGCUGGUACAAGGAAUGUAUCUUGACAAAUAAGAUAACUCUUUCUAAUAUUGGUAUUAAUUUUUCAUUCUGCAGUCUAUCCUGCAGUUGGGAGUGGGACAACAGCCAUUGGUACACAAUACUGUGAAGAUUUUUUUUAAUUAUUUAAACUAGUAAUGGGAUGGUUGGUUCCUCAGUCCUGCUGGUACUCAAGAGAACCAUAAGAACUGCGACUGACGAUGUGCAGGUCAUGAUUCUUCUACUAAAAACAAACGGUUAACUUUGAAAUAUCAACACACUGUAAAUGUGACUUAGUUCAUACUGAAUUUGCAAACAUUUCAUGAUUUCACCAUUUGCCUUUAUCCUAUGUUACUUCGAUUUAAAGUUCAAAACUUGUCAGCAUGAAAUAGAAAUCAGUACGGAAAAACGAGACAUGAAGAAUGUUGUGACCUGACUUAUCAGCAGUGGUUUAUUUUUUUUUAUUGUUCACUAGUUGAUGCAAGAGGGUUUGGCUGCACUAGUGGUGAGCAUGCAAUGUACCCUUGAUACUGUAUCAUAGAAGUGUUUUAUUAGUUUAAACUUAAAACAAAAAUUGUAACAUUGCACUUGCAAUUUACUUUUACAGUGCAUUUCUAGUCAUCAGAAUUGUAUUUUGAGUUUUUUUUUAUCCAGCUAUAAUGAUCUUAAGUUGGCAGAAUGAAAUGAAGUCAGUUGAUGAAGCUUGUCUUGUGCCGUUGCCGACAUAUUGAAACUCUUAAUUUGCUGAAUUUAGUGUGGGUUUGCAUUGUUACAAACUGUUAAAGAAAGUUAUUAAAGUUGUGACUAGUGUUAUAUUAUUUAUAGGAAAUUUCCAUGUAGACUUUUAAUUUAUUGCAACAUGACUCUCUUGUAUAUGUCAUAUUUACUAGUGUGCAAUGGAGGUGGUUGUUGUGAAAUAUCUCGUGUGUUUGAUAGAGAUUAUUAAGUAACACAUUUUCUUUCUAAUUUUGAUCUUUUAAUACAACACAAGUUGUUUAAACAAUCACUGCACUUUGACAUUCCAAAAUCGGUCCAAUCCUAUGUUUUGUUAAAUUUAUGACGUAAAACUACCGAUUUAAACGUAAAGCCAAAUUCCUUAUGAACAAAAAUUUUAAAAAUCACAUGUUCAAAAAAUUUGGACGUAUAAGCAAUGAUCGCCAAGUAUUUUAGAUCAUUGUCCACUAGUCAAUUGACAUAUGUAGUGACACAAGAUAAACUGCUCAUUAUACACCAUAAUAUUACCUGCUUGAUGUAGGUUGCAUGUGUUUCAGAAUGAUUAAAUAAAUAAAUGUACAAGUUACAACCUGUAAUUUCCAUCAUUAUGGUUAUAAUGUUGAAGAGUUACUUGUGAUUUACAUGAAUUAUUGAUACAUGUAAAUCAUAUUCUUGUGUGAUAAAAAAAAAUGUAGCCUCAUAGUAAAAUUUUAACCAUGUUGAACAUUCUAUUAAGAACAGCGAUGCUAUCUUUUUUUUUUGUAUUCAUUUCUCUAUGGUAACUCAAUGUGUUAAGGCUCAGUUUCACAUACCAUGUUGAUUUUAUAAUUUUUUAUGUCAUGCCAGUGAUGAUAAUUGCAUACAAAUGCGCAAAUUUUUGCACCCAUUUUAGUAAAUCAAUAUUUGUUGAAAUUAUUUGGGACAGAAGAACAAAUACAAAGGAGGUAUUUUGUUAAAAUUUACAGAAAUAGUCUUUAAAUAACAGUUAUGGUCAUAAAAUUUAAAAAAAAAAUCAACUUGAUGUGACACCGAGCCUCAAGGAGGUAUUAUUCUAAAUUAUUUUGCUUCUAAUAUUUCAUGUUUUUCCACAUGAUAUUAAAUCAAUUCAUAAAAUGAAUGUAUUUUUAUUUAUUAAAGCUUUUUCUUCUCUUCUAAACAAUUUCAUAUUUCAUGUUUUUUGAUGACCUUAAGGCAAAUUUUUAUGUCAAUUCUAGACUGUGCUGAAAGCAAUAAUUCAUGUGCUAUACUGUUUUGGGUUAACCAAUCCUAUGUACUCCUCUUUUUUUAAAUACUUUUUUUAGGCUAGGAUUCAUCAAUCUAUUAAAAAAAUUAUAUUUUUGUCAAACCCCUGAAAAAAUGAUGUCAUUAGUUGUUGGAAAAACUAGUUUUUAUUGAUUUAAUGAAUGAUAUACUAAAAAUAAAGUAUUUGAAGAUUAAGGCUACAUGCGAAUGGCUAACACAAAACUGUAUACAGCAUGAUUUAAUGUUUCUAGUCCAUGCUAGGACUGACAUAAAAAUUUGCCUUCAAGUUCAUACACAAAUAUGAAAUAAGGAUUUGUUUAGUAAGAAAAAAAACCUUUUAUAAAAUGUGGUUAAAUUAUGUAUGUAUUAAAAAUAAUGUGCAAAACAUGAAAUAUUAUAAGCAAAUUUAUUUAUUCUACCUCCUUAAACACACUAAUCAGUGACCAGUGACCAAGUGUUGAACUUGUUUUGGUUUUUAUUAUGUUGUUUAAUCAUGUUGGAUGUUCGAAAUCACUUUCAGGUUGACAUUCAUGAAGCACUCUUUAAUUACUGUUAUACGAGAAUAUCACAAGGUGUACGUAUAACCUUAGUAAACAUCUUUGUUCUCAGUUGAAAUAAUUAAUUGAAAAUUAUUUAUCUCUAGCAUCAACAAAAACUGUCUCAUCACAUUCAAAUGAAAAGGUAGAUGAUCCUUGUGAAUAUCAAAAUACUACUUUUGAGUCCUGGCUCAAGCAAGUAGCAGAAAGUGAAAGUAGCAGUUCAUCUUCUACUUACCAGCCGGCAAAUAUGAGCCUGAAAAGCAAGUCUCACUCAGCAAUGUACUUUGACUAGUUUUAUAUAUUUUUAUAUACAAGCAUUAAGCCUGGUGGCUCUAGAAGUUUGAAAAUCAUGCCUCUCACUUUAGUUCAUUAAGACAAUCAACCAUCCAGUGUUUGAGAUAAAGUGUUGUUCAGUAAGUUUAUUUCUCAAGAACCUCAUUACAAUUUGCCAUCCAGGAAAAACAUAUCCAAAUAGGUAAUUCUUGAAUUGUAUUUAGAAGUGGAGACAGAGCUGCAAGAAAGUGAAUCUGUAGCUGUUACAACUGAUAUGUAUACAUCCACAUUUCAUCAUGAUUAUCUGAGCUGUUUGGAUUAUCAGUUGCACUAAAACAUCUCUGCAUUAAAAUAAUUUUUUCUCAGAGAUAAGCUACAAAUUUCAAAUGUGUGAGACUUCAUUAUCACAACGCUACAAAAGUGGAUGGGGCCUGGUCAACAGUCACAGCAUUUAAUCUAGACAACGCCCAAAAUGUGUCAAGACUGAAAAUGUCUCAGAUUCCACACAUGUAAUGCUUUCAUGCACUUUCCAGCAAAUAGUGAAAGAUGUAUUCUUAAAUAACAAGAACAUCUCCAAUUAUAUCAGAAGUUGGUGGGUCAUUUCAAGCACUAUGCACUUGCAUGUAAAUUUUUGAAUAAGUCUGAAGCUAACCUAUAUACCCUAUCGUCACCUCGUACAAGACGAACCCACAAGUUGGGACUCUUUGCCUAUGGUGCGAAAUCUACUUCAAGAAAGGUCAGCAAAUGUGUUAGCUCGUGGAGAAUCAAAAAUGUUGAUUUUACCCAAGACCAGUGGACCAUCUUGGAGAGUUGCUAACCCAUUCUCCGAAGAUUUGAUUAUGCAGCAUCAUUUGGUAAACACUGCUUCAGAAGUGAUUCCUCUUAUUUAUCUCAACAGGCACGAGCUAGAGAACUGUGCACCACCUGCCUUAGGUCUUCAGAGCCUGCAAGAAUGAUCUAGUAGCAUUUCUCGACAUUGAAGAUGAUGAAGAUGAUGUGCUCUAUAACCUCGCGACACUAUGAGAUCCAAAUCAGAAAACAAGUUCAUACCAGAAUGAAAAAAAAGAAGCUUUUUAAGGAUAAGUUAUUGACAUUAGCUAAGGCUGUUGUUAAUAAAACAACCUCGCAGUUUGGUCUAGGUAUAAAUGCAUUUUCAAUAAGCAGGCAGCUAUUUGUGAUGACAACAUAAUGGGAUGUGAAGUUUGUGUGUCUUUGUGAUCGCCUUCUGUUCCCAGGCAAAAAGUAUUUCUGACUACUGGAAGGAUCAUAAAUCUUUAUCAAGGUUGCCAAAAGUGCCAAAAAAAUAUUUGUGCAUUUGCCCUGUAACUGUCACUUCAGAAAGACUGUUCAGCACUGCAGGAAAUAAAAAUGACAAAUGCAACACAUUGAAUCCUGAGCUAGUGAAAAUGACUGUGGUUUUGAUUUAAAAUGUUUGAAAUUCAGAGCAAACAUUUUACCUGGUUCUACAACUUUUGUGUUUGUAAAUGUUUUUCUUUUAAAUUACAUGUAUUUGGUGCAAUAUUUAAUGAUUUUUACUUGUCAUAUUGAUCUACUAGCUACUGUGUUAUUUUUGUCCAAGACACAGGUGCUUUUAAUUGUGCAAUAGAUUUAAGUCCUAUCUUGUUUUGAUUUUCACAUGCCAGAAUCUGUGGUAUUUUUUGUAUUCUUCAUAAAUGUUGUUCUUGUGAAAUGUUUAUCGUAGCUUUUACUGGCAAAUAAAAAAAUUGUUUUUAAAUUGUUCAAUAUUUAAAAAAAAAAAAACUUUUUUUUUGCAAAUCAAUUUGUUUUUAGGAAUGGAAUAAAUAAUAUUUAAAUGUAUUCAUGUAUAUUUUAAAUGUUCGGCUUUAGUUUGGUUGCGUAGAGGUUAGUUAGAUGGUGUUUAGGUUGGUCAUUUUUUAGAGAAACAAAAAUUAGGGUAUCAGUUUAAUAUUAUAAAUCGAGAAUUGAAAAUAAAAAUAAAUAAAUGUGUUUGCAAUACUAAAGCCACCCUGCCAGAUAGUUCUUUCAUUGCCUUGCCAUAGCUCUAGUGGAGGACCAUUUUUUGAAGCUAGGAAAAAAGAAUUACCACUUGAAUUUUUCGACCUCUCCAUGUGUUUACUGCUAAAUUAGUAGUUGCAAACUUAGAAGAUUUAUAUUACUUAAUAAUUUCAGUUUUGUCAUGCUAAUUGCACACUGCAUUUCAUUGUUGAGAUUAAUUUGUCAUGCGUGCUCCUCCUUCGCCUUCCACUCAACGUAAAUGUUGGUGAUUUUUUUUUGCCAGCUAGUCAGUAGGUUCUAUAAAUUAAACACUAUAAUAUAAUGUAACUGUUUGAAAUAAUCAUAUAAUUACCUAUGGAGCGAGGUGACUAAGUGGAAAGACACUAGACUCAUUCGAGAAGUCUUGGGUUCAAAUCAUGGUGUGGCUAUUCUGAUUUCUGUUGUCCAUGGUUUUCUGCUUUCACUCCAGCUAAAUGUUGGUAUGGUUCCAAAUUUCUUCUCCAAUAUCCAUCCCUAUUCUGUGUAGUUGUGUGUUAUUGUCUCAAAUUAUGCAAAUCCAAUUAAAAUUAAAUAAAAAAUAAAGUUUCUUAGUGUCUGUUUUACCUCCUGCAGCAAAGUCUCAAGUUAAGCAUCUUGCAGUCAAUGCUAACAUUCUACUACACCAACACGAGUAUUCAACAACUGUUGUGAAUGUCCAUGUUCAGUAUUGGGAGGCAAGAUUUGGUCAGACCGUGUAUGUUGGUAACAAAAGUUUUUAAAACUGGUGAUAGUGACUUCCUACCAUUUGAAUAACUUGGCCCAAAAAUGUUUUUAUUAAAUUAAAUUUUAUUUACAUGUAACAUAUCUAUAUUUAUUAAUUUUGAAUUGAAAUUUUUCUUUUAAUAAUAGUUAAAAUAUAUAUAUUUAUAACACAUUUAUCAUGCAACUUAAUGAAGCACUUAAUUUUUUCGUAGAAGAAAUAUACUUUAAAAGCCAGAUAAAUUAGAAAAAUUACAGUUUUAAUUGAUACAGGUAUUUUUAUGUUCCUGAAAUUUGCUGGAUAAUAUGUGAUUUAUAUUGUCUCAACACAUAGCAGCACAUGCAUUCUUCCUAAAAUUCAUGCAUUAAGUAUUGCUUUAUUGUUUUACAUCAGUAAAAAUCUUGUCAUUUGUAUGUCCUGUGGAUGAAUGCUGAAAUACAAUACUUUGUAUUUUUAUCUUGACUGUCUUCACUGCACCACAUUCUCUCUGGUUUAAAACAAAGUAUCAGAUAGUCACUCGCCCAUUACUAAACAAAAACUAUUUUUAAAAUGGUAUUUGAAAUUGUGUAGUUCACAUCAAAAAUUGGCACAUCAAAUUCAAAUUAAGCUUUACUGGGAUUUCCCCCCCCCCCCCCCCUCAUCAAAUAUGCUCUAAAGGCUGUAAAACAAAAUUUUUUGUAGAAAUGAUUUUAUAAUCUCACAACAUUAUUUCAGUAUGAUUACUAUGAUAAUAUCUACUUGUACACAAGUUUGAUUAAAUUUAGUACAGGGGAAAUGAUUCAGUACAUUUUACUAGUUGAGCUAAUGUAAACAACUUUAGUAAAGAGAGAGUGAUAGUGGUUAUUGGCCCUGUUGUAUCCAAAUUGUAAUUUGACAUUUUGUUUCAUAAAUGUAACACUUAUUUUUACUGUGUAUCACAAAUUUUGUCCUGAUGCUGUUAAAUAUUCAGUGCAUUUAGAUGAGAAUGAUAAAAAAAAUGUAUUAUUACAAUUCUUUUGACCUAGCUUGUACAUCAUUUAUUAUUUUAAUUUCUGUACUUUCAAUUUUUUUUUAAUUCUUAUUCUAUCUGUAAGCUUAAGUAGUUGGUAUGCCACAAGAAUGUAUGUGAUCCUUGUCUGCAGUAUAAUUUUUUGGGAACUACUGUUUUGUAUAAAGAAUUAUUCAAGAUGUUAUUUUGGACACAUGCCAUUGCUGGUUGCUCUGUAUGACAUGCAGCGUAACCAGCAGUGGUGUAUGCCCAAUGUAGCGACUUGAAUCAACCUUCCCCGUUGCAAGAACCAUUCAAAGAACUUAUGUAUGUCAAAUAUCCAGAGGAAGGUUUUUCUCCCUUAAGAAUAAUAAUUGUCAUUAACAGUCGUAACCAUUCUUUGGCUUUACAUCCAGGGGAGCAGUCUGAGAUAGUGCCGGUUUAGGUACCUCGUCUUCCGAUAACCUGGGUUCAAACACUAUAAUGUUCACACCACUCUGUGCCUUAACCUAGUCUAAACUGGUACCUCUUCCCAUGAUCGAAAUACAUGUGCAUUCUCCUCCCUCUCCUCUGGUUUUAAUUGUACAGUUAUGUAAAACCUUUAUCACAUCUUUCAGAGGAAGUGGUGCCAUGCUGGUUUGAUUUCAGAUUUAGAAUGCUGAUAUAAAAAAAAGAUUGAAAAUUUCCAUUGUGCUCAAUGCAGUACAACUCUCACAUAUGGCAGGAUUGGUUAAAGGCAGAGUUGCUUUUUUUUUUUUGGCAAGUUAUUACUUGUUUUACAUUUAUAAUUGCCCACAUGGCCUGUUUUAUAAUAGUGUUAUUGUGUAACGUCUUUUUGUAUGUCAUUUUUUUAUUUUAAUCAUUCUUCUUGGGUAAAUAACCAAAAAAAAUUUAAGGUGAAGUUCGUAUUGUACUAAGUAAUUCUGUGAGUUUAAAGUUAAUGGUUACAUACAUUGUCUACAUGUAGUGAAAAUUUACGUAUUAAUUUAAUUCAAGUUAUUCCUUUAAAGUACUUGGUAUUUGUGUUAAUGCUACUGAAAUUUUUGCGUUACUAGUAUGAAUACAGGUAUUAUUGUCUUUUAUUCAUAUUUAUGUUGUAUAUUUAUUUGUAAUGCAUCCUUCUUUUAUAGAUGAUUUUAUGGUAUCUAAAAAAAACACCUAUAAGUGCUUUCUAUUGAAAAAUUUAUUGUUUUGUUUUCUUGUGCUCUUUUUUUCAUUUUUAUCAACAUUCAGACUGAUGUUUUGUAACAUGCUGAAAGUAAUGCUUUUACUACUAGGCCACUUGAAAACAAAAAAAGUUUAUAUUAUUUUAUGAGUAUGUUAAACAUGUGCCCUUUGCACGAUGAUAGUAUUCCUUUCAUAAUAUUUGUUGCCUGUAUAUGUCCAAAUCUCAUUAAAUUUAUCUGCUGGCAACCUUGUUCCACAUCGGUUCCACAUCGUAGCAAAGUAUUUUGAGUUUCUAAUUAGGUGGAAUGAAAUGUGUUUGUUUGUAGUUUAUAUAUAUAUUUAUAAAAACACAUGUUACACACCUGAUUAAUCAUGAUUAACGUUACCUACUUGCACAAAAAGUACCACAUUUAUAUAUUAAAAUACUGUUGAACAAACUAACAAAUUUUUACUACAAAUGGCUACCUUUUUUUUAAAAACCAUUCAAAAACUUUUAUAACCUUUAUUCACGUUAGACUUGAUUGGAGUAUAUUUAAUUAAUGCAAAUUCCUGUAGUAAAAAAUAUUUAACCAGCGUGCCAUUGCCAGUGGCUAUAAAACAGUUGAAUCCUGUCACAUAAAAGUGAGUAUGAGAAAUUUUAACACACUGUAAAGUCACGACACUUUCAAGUGAGGUGUUGAUCCAGAUGCAUUUCAUGGUACAGAAGCAGUAAUAAUGUGCUGUGUGUAAAAUGAAGAAGCUACUGGCAUAACUUGUUAGCAGACCUCAUUGAUUUGACUUUAAAAUAUAGCCAUAAAAACUUAAAGUUCUCUAUAAGCAUUAAUAAAAUCAACAAUUUAAUUGCCAUGUUUCAAUAUAUAAACACCAGAGUAACACACAAGCAUGGCUUGAUAUUUUUUUAUGCAGUGUAGUUCACUCCAAACAGCGAGCCAUUGUUUCAACUGCAUAAAGAAAUGUCCAAACCUUGACCUUGUUGUACCAGACACUCCAUCCCCUUCUGAGCCAAAAAUCAACCACUUACCAUCUGUGUAAAAGGAGAGGGUUUACAGCUUUGCCCAUCGAUAAAAUAUAUUUAAAUCCCAUAACUACUGCCAGUUAAUUUUUCUUUCUGUUUAUAAGCAUGUUUGAAAAUCUUUGAAAUUAUCUUUGGAAACUACUGAUUGCUUCCGCUGUGUUUCUUUAUAGUCAAAGGCAUUGACAUAUCUGUUUCUACAAAAACUUCAGCCGUUCUUUGUCGUACUAACAUUUAUUUUCAGAUCAGUUUCAGGGACACUGAAAAUUUAUAUUAUAUUGCCACAAACAACAUACAUUGUUUUAUAAAAUUACAUCAACGUUUUAUGAUAAUUAGCAACUUGUUUAAGCAGUUAAUAAUAAAAAAUGAAAGUUUUGGCUGUUUAUUGCGGUAGUUUUUAAUGUUAUGUUUAAUAUAAUGUUAAAUGUGUUUACAACACGUGGUGUAACCACCUGAACAGUAACAAACCUCUUCUGUGGCCGUGUGCCAAGAACAGCACUCAAUACAGAUUAUGGUAGUACUUGCUGGCAGUGCCAGCAUUUUAACUUCAUGUUUAUGCCAGGUUUGUGCAGUAUAGACAUGCCAGCACUUAAAAAUUUUCAAACAAAUUUUAAAAGUUUUGUUUUUGUGAAUAAAUUAAAUACUUCAGAAAGUGGCACUGAAAAUCCGAAAAACAUUAAAAAAUACCCAGAUUAACGUAAGUUUACUGUAUAGUAUAAUAUAUGUGUAUAUAUGCGUAUUUGUAUAAAUGAAAUUCUCCUGUUUUAUGUUAUACAGUAGGGAUUGAAUCUUUGAACUUGUCAUGCCAUGUGGCUGUAUUUCACUAUUCUUAUAUUCUCGUAUGUUACAAAACAUGAAUCUCUGCUGUUACAAAGGUUGUGUUUUGGGAAAAUGAAAUCUUAGAGUAUUUAUUCAUUUUCAAAACUAUGUUCCUCUAGUCCUAACCUUAAGCUGUAGUGUAUUUUCUAUAUGGUCAUAAAUUGGUUGCUGUAUAUAAAAAUGUAUGGCUACCCUUUUGUUGGCUUAGUCUUCUUUUCUGCAAAUUUUUAUUGUGUUGAAUUAGGAAGCGCACAAAGUUUGUAAAGCUGGGUUCACAAUUAAAAAAUGUGAGUUGAUAUCAGACCACACACGUGAAAUUGGUCCACACUUGAAAUUGUACUUUUAAUGUCAGUCAGUGAAGUUUCGCAAUGUAUCUGACAUUAGUUGGUAGUGUUGGUAAAUAACCAUAAUAACUACCAAAUGAUUAUCCCUGGACAUCUGACCAAUAUGUGAACACUGUUUUUUCAACUAAUUAAUAUGGUUCAUGUAAUUGUUAAGUGUUUAUUUACAUUAAUUGCUAGAAAAGUUUUAUAAGUAAUAGCAUUAAUUAAUUUUUAAAGCAAGAAUUACACCUGAGCAUUGUAAUCUCUACAAUUUCUUGCUACAAUAUGAUUGUAGUCCUGCCAAAAUGGCAUCCUGCUCUACUCUCGUUGGCUGUCGUGGCAUGUAUUUGUAACAGAAUGCGCACGACCUCUCUCCUACCCACAUGUCCUGUACGCUAUUGUGAAUCAGUAGCUGUAUCCGAAUACUGGCCUAAUGGAUCCCUUAGCUAAGGGAUCCACUAAAAGUGCAUCGUAGUGGACGCGGCCAUCUUUGUGUUGAAUCCGAAUUCUCACAAGGGAUGCCGAUGCAUCCCUUCACGCAUCCACUAAUUCGAGAUUUCUGGGGAUGCGAGUGUCGCAUCCACUAACGCGUCCCUACAUCCAUUAGCUUCGGAAUUGGGUUUUAUUUUGUUUGUGUAUAAUAUUACUUCAGAUUUUCAGCAAAACAUUUGUUUAAAACAUUAUAAGCGAAAGUGAUAACUUAAACAGAGACAAAUGAAGACGUUAAUAAAUAUAAUAAAAAUACGAAUUUAAACUUAAAUGAUAAUUCAAAACUCAUAAGUAUUUUUAAAGUUUACAAUUUAUAAAAUGUAUUUUAUUUGGAUCGCUAACAUAUAUAACAUACACGUUACAUUAUUUUUUAAUUGGUAGGUAUUUAUUAUUUACGUUUUGCUGAAUAUUCGUAGAUAUCCCUACACAAAAUGGCUGCGUGAACAUUAGUACGACUUGACAGUUAACAGGUGGUGCUAGUAGUAAAAGUAUUCGGAUACUAUCCAUCCAUUAGAAAUGCGUCCUCUACAUUGUGGCUGCAUUUGCUAAGGGAUGUAGGGAUGUGUGUGCUAAGGACGCAUCCCUAUGUAUUCGGAUACAGCCAGUAGGUUCAAAAACAUGGCUGUCAUGACCUACUGUUACUGUUAUUUUUUUCAAUUGUGCACCCAGCUUUAGUUCAUUACUUGAAUAUUCAACUCGAUCUCAAGAAGUGUUUUACUGACUAAACUGCUCAAUAUUGCAUAAAUUAUUUUGUUAGUUAUCUCAUAGUGUUCAUUGACUGUUUUAAUAUAUUUCAUUUGAAACUUUGUAAAAAAAAAAAUUUUUUUUUGUUGGUCAUGCUUAGCCACUAAAUUAAUGACUUCAUUAACUCUUCACUGAGGUUGUAAAGAUCAUGCAAAUAAAGGUAUAUUUAGUACUGCUCUAAAAUAUACCAGAUUAUAUAAUAACCCCGGUAUUAGAAAUAUUUAAAAUGUGUCAUUACCAUUAUUAUGUAAAACUUUUCAGUGUUAAUACAUAUUGUUGGGCUUUGAUUUAUAUGUAGCCUGAGUUUAAAAAAAAAAACAUGAAGUGGUCAGACUUUUAAAAACAUUUUUUUGCAUGAAAAUUCUGUAUUGAUAGUAUUCUCAAAAUUUUAAUACCUUGAAACAGUCAUAGUUGUAACUUAAAAAUAAUUAUAUGAGUUUUUUUUAAUGUAAAUGGAACCAAAUAAUUCAUAUUUUCUUUAUAUAUUUAUAUGACAUAUAUUCUUCUUUUCUGAUUCUGGUUAGCAUACUUUCAGGGACUAUCCAUUACUUUGAAUGCUUUUUCUUUUGUGUGCUGUGUUAAAAGUGUACCAUAUCCAUUGUUAAAUGUUGUUCAUUAUACCACAAGAGUUCAUGCAGAUAACAGGUAUUGGAUUGGCCAUGUAUAAAUUAAAUUUUAAUGUUAUUCAUGAUUUUAGGUAAAAAUAUGAUUUCAAUCAGAUGUGAUGUUUGGUUUGUUUGUGCUGGUGAUGCUUGGUAGGGUGUAUCCAAGUCUACCAAAUGGGACUGAAUUUUAGAACUUUGCUUAAUGUGAUGGCCAUAUUUAAUCUAGUACUGAAACAAAGGACUAAAAUUGAGUAACCGUAUUGUUAUGCAUGGUAUACCCAAAUCCAGGGACUUUCUUCUGGGACUCCUUUUAUAUUCUGUUUUAAGACAAAUAGUUGUCUUGUAUGUGGAUUUGGAUUUUUAUAAACAAAAUACAGAUGAGUAUUAAUAUUGGGUUCAAGUAUUUAAAAUGGUAAGUUUUGAUGAACAAAUGGCAGUACUCAUAUUAGGUAAAAACAAUUUCUUAACUUUUUUUAAAUUCUAUUAAAGAGUAAGGGUUGGUUUUUAUAAUUUGGAUUUUAUUUCUGCGAGUUAUGUUUAUCAGUUUUAGAGCUUGGUUUAUUCGCUGUUUUUUUUAAGGCUAUAUUUUUCUGCAAAAAUUGUUACUGUCCAUGUUGUUUGAGACGUUUUUUUUUUCCUUGUAUUGUUCAAGACUUUGAACUUAUCUUAUCUUCCCCCUUUCCUUCUAUCAAUAUCUAUAAUAAGCAUAUCUUUAUGUCAAUCGUGUUAGAUCAAGAAAGCAAAAAGGUAAGGGCAAAAUCUGUUAUAUUCCCAGGGAGGGGCCCACGGGGUAAUGUUUAACAUUUCCAUUUCACAAGCGGCUACCCUCGGAGAAGGGCUUUUUGUUUCUGUGGGAUCCACGUCCAUGCAAUAAGGUGUUACUAAGACAACCCUCUUUGUCAAGAAAGUUGGCUCAAAAUUGUCCCCUCCCCCCCUCCUAAGCAUAAGAAAAUCUUAGUCUGUAAGUAAGUUUUUUUUUCCCCUCAUUUUGUAUAGAUUGGUUUAGGUGUUCUACAAAACUGUUGUUGGUAUGGUUACCACCAUAACCAUUACAACUAUGUUUAUUUUUUCUUUUAAAUUAAGUAAAACCUCUUUAAAUUAGUUCUAAAAAAAAUUAAAAACUUAUUCUUGCUAAGCAGGAAAACUUCUUAAAAGGAUAAGUAAAAAAAAAGUAUGAAUUUUGUGGGUUAAAUUAUGUUCAUAUAAUAUAUACACUAGUAAAUUCUAUGUUGAAAGAAAGAUUACUUACAGGAAAUUUUAGCAAACUGCAAAAUAAUGUGAAAUUUUGUUAAUAACUUUGAAUGUGGAAUAUUGAAAAAUAAAGCUCACAUUAACAUUUUAAAAAUAAAUUAUUCUUCCAUUUUGGUUAACAGUGGCCGCGGAAACUGUACUUUAGUUUCACAAUAUUACAGUCAUGUUUACUGCAAAUUCCCUCUCUAAACUAGAAUGUUUAUUUGUGUUUGUUUUGUUUUUGAGUCUCGUCUGUUCAGUCAUAAAUAAAUGUAAUAAGUAAGCUGCUACUGUGCACAUUUUCAAUACUUUGAUACUGAUUAGAAAGAUUGUCAGUACUUUGAUACUGAUUAGAAAGAUUGUCAAUACUUUGAUACUGAUUAGAAAGAUUGUGACUUGAUUUAUACUUUAUGGCAACUUUCGCAUUUAUGCCUUUUAAUGUCUGUGGCAAAAGAGUGCCUGUGUUAAUUGUUGUAAUCAAUAGUUGUAGAGGUUUGUUUAUUUUUUUCUGUUGAGAAUGCUUCACAAAACUAAUUCAAACACCCCAAAUAAUUGUUUUUCUUCUAGAUUAAAAUUUAAAAAGAAGUCUGUGUUUCUCUUUAAGAUUAAAAUUAUUUUUAAAAAGUCAACACGUCUGUAAUCAAUCAUUCACACAAUUUUUUCCGCCACUAUUUUGAGAGAGAAAUUUUUUUCACUUGUGUGUUAAAAUGCUGAGUAUAUUCAUGUUUUUGAAGAUAUUUCUAUGUCAUAAUUAUGUGUUGAUUUUAAAGUGCUGUAAAUUGUACAUUUUUCAUAGUGUAUGUGAAUUCGCAGAAAGUAACCACUGAAAAUCAUGUUACGUUAAAGACCACUUUUCUGGAAAUAAAGGAUGACGCUUUCAUGUUAUGGCUCUUUGACUACAACACAAUUGUUACAACAUUCGGGUAAGUAUCUAUUAGGCAAUGAUGUUUACUAUAAAAUGAAUUUUUGGGGUCAUUUUGUGUUAAUUUAGUGCUUAUUGAGAAUGGGAAAAUCUAAUUACUCCAAAACGUAUUAAAAGAGGGCUGUUUAGGUUAAUUAUAGGAAACUUCUGGUGCUGUAUUAUUCUAAUGUUUAAGGCAGGAAAAGUCUUGAGCAGUGUUGUCUUAAACAGUUUUUAUUGUGUAUUCACAUUGGUAACCCAACAGUUUUCCAUCUAGGUUCAUCUUAAUUUUUGCCAUGGCAGUGUACAUGCUUAUGAAGAUGGGUAACUUAACAAAAAUUAAACCUCUGUAAACAGAACCAAAAUCAGAAACUGAAUUUUUUCAUACCAAAUCUCUUCAUGGUAAGAGACCAUAGUUGCUGUGUUGCAGUAAUGGCAUUGUAACAGUGCAAAUACUUGUGUGCCAUUCAGAGCAUGGAGUAUAAGUGACAGUACCACGCUAUCGGCACUGGGUGGUACUAAGAUGUUUUAUCGCAGCAGUUGCUACACAGUAAUCAUAGUUCAGUAAAUUCACAACCCAACAUUACUACAAUAAAAAACCAAUUGUUAAGACCCCUUGCGGUUCCCGGGAAUAAGGUCAAAAUAGAAGGGGAGGGGGUCGUGAUGAACAUUGUAUAGACUAAUGUCCCCAUCCUUCCCCACAUGUCAAAAUGUGCAUUUUUCACGCCCAAUCCAUGUUCAGGCGUCUCUGGCGAGAAAUUGACUAGUAAAUUUACAAGUAUAUUCAACCACUUGCUGUCAUCAAAAUGAGCAUAAACACUGUGAAAUAUGCAGCACAACUGUAUCUUUCAACAAGCUGUAGAGUAAAUGUUUUGCUGAUUUCAAUAGGAAAAUAAAAGGAAUUUUCAUUAAAUUGGUAAUUUAUUAGACACUAGUCAUAAUUAUAUACCAUGCCAGAAAAGUUAAGAAAGUAAAGCGCCGGGACAACGCUUUCUUUGUUAUUGAGGUUCUUGUUGUUGCGGAUGUGGUCGACACACACGUAUGGACUUAUGUACGUUCUUUCUCCUCCCCCCUUCCGUGCCUCUACCCCACGCAUUCCAAACAUAUUCUCAUCUGUCACACUCAUGGUUCAGGAGGCAGUCAAAAGUGGCGUUUGUAAUGCAGUCUAGAGGCAGAGCGUGUAGUUUUUUAAUUAAGCUUUGCCCGUAGCUGACAUCACACAGUGGAUUAUUUUGUAUAAACACCUGGCCAAAAGUGGAAAAUACGAAGUUCUUAGAAAUGCAUCUAAACCAUGUUUAUCAGAGAUCUCAUUAACAAGUGAAUGCUAUUUUAUAAACCUUCGACCAUGCUGCUUUUCGUGCUAUCAGUUGUAACUGAGCUGGUGUAGAGUGCUGCAGCAUGUUUAAUGACUUGAUGUAGGCUUUUGGACAUACGCCAUUGCUUAGCACAUGUAUGUCUGCAGAAGAAAACUACAAAAAAACACAAAUGACCAAAAAAAAAACACAAAUUAAGCAAAAAAUUGCUGUUGUCAGGAUUUAACGCCACACAAUAUUCCACAACAGGAAUAUGGUCAACAAACAAGGAAAAAACAAAGAAAAAUGGACUAACAGAACGAAAAAAAACCCACAACAACUGUUGUGUUUGUUUCGUCUUUUCGUUUGGUCGUGUUUUUGUCUCGUUUUGACUGUUGUGCUGAAUUUUUUGGGUUCAAUAUUUUUUGUGCUGUCAUCAUUUGUGGGGGUUUUUUCGUUUCUCUUUUUGUUUUUUUUUGGAAAACUAUUGUGUUUGUUUCGUCUUUUCGUUCUGCUGUGUUUUUUGUCUCGUUUCAACUGUUGUGUUGAAUUUUUUUGGGUCCGGAAUUUUUGUGCUGUAAUCAUUUGUGGGGGUUUUUUCGUUCUGUUAGUCCAUUUUUCUUUGUUUUUUCCUUGUUUGUUGACCAUAUUCCUGUUGUGGAAUAUUGUGUGGCGUUAAAUCCUGACAACAGCAAUUUUUUGCUUAAUUUAUGUUUUUUUUGUCAUUUGUGUUUUUUUGUAGUUUUCUUCUGCAGACAUACAUGUGCUAAGCAAUGGCGUAUGUCCAAAAGCCUACAUCAAGUCAUGCACUCCCAUUGCACAAAUCUUUCAAAGAUAAUAGCAUGUUUAAUGCUGGCUCGCUUUCAGAAGGCAUGUUUAAUCUCGAUUUUGAAUUAGUUUUUCUUGAACUUUGGACACUAAUGAGACUGGGUUAUGUUUAAAGUUAGUACUUUGUUAUAAAACAUUAAAUUACAAAUUUUUGCUUAGUGGUUUUUUAUACUAAGUGUUUAUGUCCACGUGCUGGGUCUUGCCAGGCAUUGAUUCUUUCACUAGCAUAAAAUAUAGAUUUUCUUCCAAAGGUUCCCGAAGAAAAAUCAUCCGCCUCCUCAUGAUAUUCUUUCCCAUUAUUUUAAAGUUGAAGUGAUUUAUAAUGUUAUUUUUCCAUGUUAAUAUAAUUUUUUUUCUAAGACUAUCCUGAAACUACGAAAGAACUAAGCAGAAGAUCUUUAUACAACCUAAUUCAAGAACGUCCAAAAAAGAUCAAAUAAGGAUCACGUUUUUAGAAGAAAAGUUAAUUGAAAUCACCAAAUGCCCAGAAAAUAAACAUAAAUUGUAAGAUUUAUCUUAAGUCAUUAAGUUUUAACAAAAUGAACAUCUACCAGUAAUACGAAGGAAAUAUUUUUAAAUAAAAUUUAACAGUGGCUCACUGCAUGCAUAUAAUUCACAUCUUGCUCUACACCAAAAUCUGGUCGCCUACCAAAAGAAUUCAGGAAAUUGAGUGACCGAAAAACAUAACAAAAUAUUUGAGGACAGGAGUAUCUGCCGACGAGUUGACUUAUGCAGCAUGCAUAAGUCAGCUGCUGUCAAAAAUACUAACAUAGCUACAAUAAUAAAAGAUGUAUAUAACAGCCACUCCAACAAGAACUACAAAGAUUAGGAAAGUUUACACUACUGCACAAAAGCAUAGAGUGAAGAAUCACACAGUUUCGGAAGCCUUAGCUAUCUUUGCUGAAUAUUUUAAUGGAAAUUGUUGCUCAGUGUUAACAAGAGCACUUAUCCUUGAUAUUCACUAAUAAAUAAAGCAAAAAAUGAAUGUAAUCCUAAGAAAGAGUCUAUGCAAUUGACGGAAACAUGUGCAGAAAGAUCUACUUGACUACACAUCUUUUCAAUUAUGAAAAUGUUUAGAAGUAGUGCUAAAAAAUUGUGCUAAAGGAUAAAAGAAAAACUUAAAUCUUAUGAUAAAAUCUAGCUGUGACGUAUUUCUUCAGUCACAAUUGAGGGUAAACAGAAAUUUAUUGAUAAAUCCGACAAUAAUGCAAUUUUUUUUUCAAAGUAGUCUUGUUAUUUUUGUGACUGCAAACCAAUAUUAAUGACCAGAAUGAAAACCAUAUGGCUAAAUCCAGUAACAUCAACCACAAAAUUCUGCAGACCAAUACACAUACAAUUUGUUUGUAAAACUAACCAAGUUGAUAGUACAGGAACAAUUUAUUCCCCUUGAUCGAGUUUUUGUGUAAAACAUACUUUGGUACUUCAGUGGUGCUGUGACUAUUACAUCUUUGAUGAUGUGCUAUAUUUGUGGCUUAGCCACCAAAAACUUCAAAAAACUGCCCAACUCUAUGUGCAGUUUGUAUGGGUGGCAUCCGAUGUCGCCCACAGUACACAAAAUACUAGUUAAAUGGAUAUACAUUCCUCAAAAAUUCAAUCUUGCCUAUCUGCCAAUGGCCCGAAGAAGCUACAGAGAUUCUCUAGACAUUUUUUGCAAGAAUUAUGCGAUAGAGAUGUUCUUAACAGGUAGAUACUAAGCUCUGACCUUAUUAGCAGUAGAGCCCAUACAAACACAUGUAAAGUAAGCUCUUCACUAGAGAAACCUCGAAUUGUUUACUCACAAACAUCACAAGUGUUGCAAGACAGAAAAUAGCAGCAAUGACUGCGAGAAAGAGCAAGAGACUGAAUCUGAAGUUACUGAAUAAUUUAGCUUUAGCAUCUAUUUACUUUAAAUCCAGUUAUAUUUUUAGACCAUCUGAAACUGAUUAUUUGCAUUAAUUGUAUUUUUGGUGGAAAAUAAUGUUAUAUGGGAAAUCAGAAAAGUUGUUUUUUCGUAUU